AUGAUGUGGCGGCAGAACAUUCUGUUGCUAUUCCAAAGCCUGAAGGCGGAGGUAGAACAUUCUGUUGUUGUCCUUGUUCCUGAGAUGCCUAUCCAUUCUAUCCCUGGCUCCUCAACCACGGCCUCCUUUGCUGAUCCAGAAUUGGUAGAGUUUGAAGCUAUGGAUCUGGAUGCUAAACUAGACAAGCUGGAGAAACUCAGUUCCACUCCCGACAAUGCUAAGUCCAAAGCAGUAGACGAGGUAGUGGACAGAGUGAAAAUCUGGCAGUCAACCAAGCUGGACUUAGAUGAGGACAACGAAGCCGUUGAUCAGUUUAUGAAAGACCUGGACCUGCUGCAUUGGAAGAACAUGGCUCCCAGGCCUAUUCUUGAGAUCAGUUUGGGUCUGGCAAAAGAUGUGCUCAACUUCCAUAACCACUAUGAAGAUCUCAAGCCCUCCUUCAAUGCCUCUGAAUUCUGCAAGGCUACCCAUGAAGCCAACUUGGUUGAUUAUCAAAAACAGAAGGCAGAAUUGGAUGUUUUGGUUGUUGACUACAAGGAGACCAAGUCCACUGUUGAUAAGCUAGAAAAACAUAUUGAGGAACUCCAGAAGCAACUAGCUGGGCUAAGGGAAUGGCAGAAGAAGUUUGGGGCUGGACUGGGCACCAAGACUAAGGCAACCUUCCUUGUGCAGAACAUGGUUUCAGCUUCUAGGCUAGCAUUGGAGAUUGCAGAAGCUUCCAUUCACCAGGGAGUGCUCAUGCAGAAGGAGAUCUCCACUAAAAAGACCGGAUUGCAAAAGACCCUUAGAAAGUUAGGACUUUGA